UCCCCCGUUAUCCCCCCGCUCUCCUCUCUCUCUCUCUUUCUAUUUCCCCUCUCAGGGAAUGUUAGAGCCCACCAAAGAGCCACUGAGACCAGCUUCAACUGCAGAGAAGACUGCUGCCACAGCACAAGCACUUCCUGGGUCACAGGAAACCACCACCACCUCGUCAAUACAGCAGGGGGCCCCCCAGCCUUGGUCCCAGUUUGACUGGAGCAGCAGUGGCCUUGGCGUCACCCGUCUGGAUGAGCUAGACAGUGACACCAGCAGCCAUCCAGGUGACACCCUGAACCACCUCGUGUCUACUAUGGAGAACACCACCACCUCCACCAGGAAACCCCAUAGGGAUGAGGAGGACCAGCUGAGUGAGGAGGCAGCCAGGGUGAUCUGUGGGCUGGCUGACCUGUCCUUCAUGAAGGCUAAGGUCCUAAUGUUCCCCAUCACCCUCACACCAGCCGCUGGCUCUGGUACACUGCUAGAGUGAUGCACACAUACACAUGGAUGGAUGCACACACACAUAAACACAGAAGACUUGUCCGCUUCAAAGCUAGAUUGAACAUGAAUGCAAAGUCAAUAUGUUGAUAAUCAGUAAUAUGGUGAAAUAGUUAGUCUUUUGUUCUGAAUGUAUUGAUGUACAGUGCCUUGCGAAAGUAUUCGGCCCCCUUGAACUUUGCGACCCUUUGCCACAUUUCAGGCUUCAAACAUAAAGAUAUAAAACUGUAUUUUUUUUGUGAAGAAUCAACAAGUGGGACACAAUCAUGAAGUGGAACAACAUUUAUUGGAUAUUUAAAACUUUUUUAACAAAUCAAAAACUGAAAAAUUGGGCGUG